UACAUAUAUGAAACCAAAAAUUACUACUCUGCUACUUUUGUUAUAAAUACAAAAUAUAUAUCCAGUUAUGAUUUUGAAGUAGCCAAGGCAUGAGUGUAUAUAACGUGGACGAGCUAGUGGCGCCAGCAUGGAUGAACGAGGAAUUCUUUGGCGAAGUUUUGAGAAAUUUGGAAACAGGGGAUGGAAUCAAGAUAAUUAAAUUGGAUAUUAGUCCAGCUAGCAUGAAGGGAGAUCAUUUUGCCAGUAUAAUGUUUCGUGCCAAGAUUGAAUAUAAAACAACAUCGCAGGCAUCCUCUUCGACAAAGUCACUGAUUGUGAAAACACUGCCAGAUGGCGACGAAAAACAUGAAAUGUUGGAACAGUCACGAAUGUUCCAAACGGAAAUCAAUAUGUAUACGAAUACACUACCGAGAAUUGCCGAGGUUUUGGCGGAACACGGCGAUUCAAUUGUGCUGGCACCAAAAAUGUUGUACAGCACCUUAGAACCACGUCAAAUAAUUAUUUUAGAGGAUCUUAACGAAAAUGGGUAUACAGUGAUGCGCAACCGUUUCCCCACAGACGAUGAAAUGAAGGCCAUAUAUCGUAAAUUAGCCAAAGUGCACGCAGUGAGUUAUGCGAUUGGUCAAAGUGAGGAUCACGAAGUAGUUACACAACAUCAGGAAGGAAUGUUCAGUUCGGAGUUUAUUUUAGAGUAUGAAUUAUUCAAGAGCGCUUUGCGUAACUUUAUCGACCUGCUGACGACGCAUGACGAGUUCAGUGAAUAUCUGCCGAAAUUUCAAGUAAUGGAAAAAGAUAUUUUACGCCGAUGCCACGAGUUGUUUAAUGUCUAUAAAAACGGAAUUAAAAAUGAAGUUCUUGUGAUCAAUCAUGGGGACUUUCAUUUGAAGAACCUAAUGUUUAGAUUCGAUGAAAAAUCACAGAUGCAGGAUUUUAUGUUGUUGGACUUUCAGAUUAGCGUCUAUGCGCCACCCAUUGUCGACUUAAUUUACUCCAAAUAUGCGAUGUGUAGUUCAGCGAUGCGAGACAACUACGACGUUUAUUUGCGAUCGAAUUUUGAACAAUUCAAUGAGACGUUGAAAUUAAUCGAUUACAAGGGCGAAUUGCUGAAAUAUUGUGAUUUAAAAAUAAGUGCUUUGCGAUAUAGACACUUCACGGUUUUUAUCAUCACUUUACUACUGCCUAUACUCUACUCUGUGUUAAUUUUAAGUCCAGAGGAAUUGAAAGACAAGGACAGUUCUAAAGUUUUCAAUGAAGAUAAUGGAGCAACCAGCCUUUUUUACCGAAAUCCCAAGCUGAUAACUGAACUGCGAAAAUUGUUGCCGAUACUUCUAUGCGAAGGCUAUUUGGACUAAAUCAUUGAAGGCGUUUUAUUAGCUAUGUAUGUAUGUAUUUCAAAGGCAGAGACCGAAAAUAUCUGGUCCACAUUACACAAAUUCUAACUUUUACUAUCAUUAAGCAGUUCCUUUUUACUUUUAGUGAUAUGUAUAUAUAUCUCCGAUAGAACGAUUUAUGUGAGAGAUGUUAAGCUUAAUGGCUGUGAGAAAUGUAAUAGCGAGCGAAAAUAAAAAAUCAAUCUUAGUCAUAGAGCUGCAAAAGUGUCGAUACUGGCCGUACUCGAUAUUUAAGAGAAAAAACUCGAUACAUCGAUAUAUGUAUAUGGUUAAACUUUUUAUUUUAAAUGAAACACUGAAAAAACAUCUGCUCAUUAAACAAACGCAUAGAAUCUUUUACCAGCAGAAAAUUUAAUUUUAUUUAUAUAUGGGCAUUUCCAACGGUCGCAAACCGCACGUCCGUACACUUUUAAAGUUCAAAAAACAAGGAAAACAUACAUUUUUAUUUAUUGUUUUUUUAUGUUUCGAUAGCAUUUUGAUAGGUACAUAUAUCUCUGGUGCAUGUGAUCUUUCAAUAGGUUAGCAAUAAACAUGCGGUCGCGAACGUACGAAUAAUGGAGCUGCAAAUUGAAAAAUGCAACAACCUGCGAAAUGGAACAGAAUAUUGUAAAGCAACUAAUUUUAUAUUAAAGUGGAAUGAAGUAACUUUCGCCUAGCUAAUUGUGCGUUGGAACAUCUCUAUUAGUUUUUAUUUAUAAUCUUUCUACCAUUUUUGUAUACCUUUCAUGAAUAUUAACUGGUAUUAUAAAUUUGGUCCAAUGUUUUUAAGUGCUACCUGAAGAAGAAGAUACAGACCCAAAUAAAUGUUUGCCAAAUGAUAAGAACUUCGAGCUGAGUCGAUUUAGCCAAGUUCAUCUGUGUGUCUGUUUGAACGCAAUUUAGUUCCUCAGUUUUCGUGAUAUUCGACUGAAAUUUGGUAAGCGAAUGUAUUUUUAAAAAUGUUGCCAUUUAUUUU